AUGGCACGCGAAGCUGCUGCUGUCAGCAAACCGCCGCGCUCGAGGGCCCGAGACCAGAGGUCACAGGCGGCGCUGCAGCUGGAGGCUGCUGCUGCAGCAGCAAACGAGAAGCAGGCAGCGCGGGCGGAGGACGCAGCAGCAUCGUUGGCAGCAGCAGCUGGCCUUCUCACUGCUGCAGCAGCAACCGCAGCAGCGCCGGGCUUUGCUGCAGCCCGAAAUGUGAAUGCUGAUAUGGGGCGGGCUGAAGAAACGCCGCAUUCGUGUGAAAGCCCAGACACGCUGCAGCAGCAGCAGCAGCAGCAGCAUCAUGGCGGGAGCAAGCAGCAACGGCUGUGGCGGCAGCUGACUGCGCUGCCUGAGUUGGACUUCUUGAAGGCCCUCAGCGGCAUUGCUGCUGACUGGCAGCAGAAGGCCCAGAGGCUGCGGGAAGCUGUGCCUCGGCCGCGCGCAGAGGAGUGGCAGCAGCUGCUGCUGGAAGCUGAGGACCUGCCUGUACACCUGACGUCUGUGCGGCAAGACAUAGCGCAAGCUUUGGAGCAGCAGCAGCAAGUGGAGCAGCAGCUAGCUGCUGCUCUGGCUUCUCCAGAGACUGCAGCAUCUUUGACGCAGCUGCGAGCGCUGCAGCAGCAAGCCAGCGGCUGCAGCGUGUACAUCAGCUGCCUGGAGCAGACGGAGCAGCGGCUGCUGCAGCUGCAGCAGGUGGAAGCAGCAGCAGCGUUUCACCUGCAGGCGGCGGAGACGCCGCGCGCGGAGCUGCAGCACUUCGUGCAGCAGCAGCAGCAGCUGCUGCAGCUGCCCGCAGAAACCCCAGACCUCCCCUGCUUCUCCCGCCUCAAAGAUGCAUGCAAUGCUGUUGCUGCUUGGCUAGAAGAAACAGCGCAGCUGCAUGCAAGUGGGGGUUCGCUGCGGCAGUGGCAGCAGCACGUGGCGCGGGGCCAGAGCCUGCGCAUAAAGCCCGAGGGGCUGCAGCAGCUGCAGCAGCAGCUGCAGCAAAGUGCAGACUGGUGUGUCGUUUACCAGCACUUGCUGGAGCUGCGCGCAGCAGUGCGCUGCCAGAGCGCCAGUGCUGCUGCUGCUGUUGUUGCAGAGAUGCUGCAGGACAGCUCCGGCCCGCUCACGAUCCUGCCUCCCGGCGCUGCUGCUGCUGCUGCUGCUGCUGCUGCUGCUGCUUCGCCGGGCCAGGAGCAGCAAACCCCGCGAGUCCGGGGCUAUGUCUCGCUGCUGGAUGCAGAAAGACUGACACGAAAGCCCUUCGGACUUGGCCGGGCCCUGUCGCCUUUUGCUGAGCUGCAGCAGCACGUAAAAGCAGCGCAGCGGCUGCGGCAGCAAUGUGCUGCUGCGCUGCAGCAGUCCUACAGAGAGCGCGCAGCAUGUCUGUUUGGGAUCGCCGCGGGAGUCGAUCCCCAGCCGGACUUUGCUGCUCCCAUUUCUGAGGCCCAGCUGGUUUUCCUUUGCCGCCAGCAGGAGAAAGCUGCUGCUGCAGCAGCAGCAGCAGCCGAAGACGCGGUCCCUGCUACAGCUGGAGAUGUGCACCAGCAGCAGCAGCAGCAGCAGCAGGCUGCCGAGGAGGAGGGGAAGCAGCGGCUGCGGCGGGUGCAGCGGGAGCUGGAGCAGCAGAUCUUGGCGCUGCAGCUGCUGCCGCCAGAUGCAGCAAAUGCACUUCUUUGGAAAACCACGCGGCGGCUGAGAAGACUUGCUGCUGCAUGCGCAGCAAGUCGAAUCCGCAUAAAGGAGCGGCGGCUGCUGAAGGUGGAGGUCUUGCUGCGCCUUUAUAACCACCGGAUGCUCUCUCUUCUCCGCUGCCCCAGACACACAUUGGCGGAAGCUGAGCAGCUCCUCCAGCAGAUUGAAACGCGGAGGUUGCAGGUGAGGGAGCCAGGGGGUGGCUUAAAAGCUGCUGCUGCUGCUGCAGGGGAGGGCCCUGCUGCGGAGGAAGCAGCAGCAGGCGAGGAGGAGGAGGAGGAGGGCGAGCAGCAGCACCAGCAGCAGCCGCAGCAGCAGCAGCAGCAGCAGGAGCACGCCGCCUCUGCAGCAGCAGCGGCGCAGCAGCAGCUUUUUGAGCUGCAGAUGCAGAUGCAGCAGCAGCUGCUGCCGCCCCAGCCGCAGCCCCAAGAAGAGCCGCCCCCUGUGCGCAUAUCUCCAGUGCGGACUCGGAGGCGGCAGCACUUGGGCCACGAGGAAGAAGAGCAGCAGCAGCAGCAGCAACAGCAGCAACAGCAGCAGCAGCAACAGCAGCAGCAGCAACAGCAACAGCAGCAGAGGCCGCAAGUCCCCACCCGCCGCAGCGCCCGCGCCCCAAGACGCCCCAGAAUGCACGGCGAUGUGCUGCUGCCGCUGACGACGCGGAGGUCAGCGAAAGCAGAAGAGGCGCUGGAGGCGGUGGGUGUUGCUGCUGCUGCUGCUGCUGCUGCGUCUCCGAUUGGGGGGCCGCAGCAGCAGGGAUAUGUGCAGCAGGAGCAGCAGCAGCUCAUGCAGCUGCAGGAGCAGCAGGUGGCGGAAGCAGAGCCCGUUGCAGGCGCAGACGCUGCUGCUGCAGAGGCCGCAGGCCCGCUGGCAGCAGACUCAGGGUCCGCAGCGCCGGAGACGCCCGCAGCAGCAGGAGCUGCAGCAGCACCAGCGGCAGCAGCAGCAGCAGCAGGCGACCCGUUUUCAGGAGCCACCGGGAUUGAAGAGCUGAGCGAGGACGAGGAGGAGACCUUGCUGCUGCAGGAGCUGCACCCGCUGGACGGGUCUGCGGGUGCGUCGUUCCUGCUGCAGCAGCAGCAGCAGCAGCAGCAGCAGGAGCAGCAGCACGAGGAGGGGGAUGAGGCGAAGGAGCCAUCGGCGGAGAGCCUGCGGGUGCUGCAGCUGCUGCAGGAGCUGCAGCGCAGCGAGGGCUGCAGCGCAGCAGCAGCAAUUGUGGCGCUGCCGCUCGAAGUUGUUGAUGGGCCAGCUUAUGCGAAGCUAAGAGCCCUCGUCAGCAGCAGCCAAGAGUGGCUGCUGCAGUACCGGCAGCUGCGGCUGCCGGUGGUGCGGGAGGCGCAGCAGCCGCUGCUGGAGGAGCUGCGGCUGCUGCAGCGGCCGCCGCAGGAGCGGCAGUGGGCGGAGGCUGCUGGCUGCUGCUUCUGCGGCUCUCCCGUUGCUGCUGCGCUUGCUGCUGCUGCUACAGCACCCGCCACAGACGAAGACGAGCAGCAGGAGGAGCUCCACCUCCAGCAGCAGCGCCACGCGCUGCUGCUGCUGCUCCAGCGCUUCUCGCCAGCAGCAGCAAAGCAGGGCGCUGCUGCUGCGGGCCACCCAGACACGGUGACCGCAGCAGCAGCACAAACUGCUGCUGCUGCUGCUGCCGACGAGCAGCAAGCAGCAGCGGCAGCUGCUGCCGCGGCUGCUGCUGAAGAGGAGCAGCACGCGGCGGCGGCUGCUGCUGCUGCGGCUGCUGCUGCUGCUGCGCGGAAAGAGUGGCUGGCCGAACGCAUGGCAGCACUGCAGCAAAGACACCCCCCUUUGGGCCCUUCUUUCAUUCUUAAAUGUGUCUUGCUGGUGCUGCCGCUAAUGACAGAAGAGCUGCAGCGGCUGCUGCUGUACGCCGUGACAAAGGGGCUGUCUUUUGAGGCCCUCAUGGGCCUCCAGGUGCACCUCAAGCUGCUGCUCGACGUUGCUGCUGCUGCGGAGGCCAGCCGCCUGCAGCAGCAGCAGGAGCAGCAGCAGGGGUUGGCUCUGCAGGACGCGCUGCCGCAGCAGCAGAAGCAACAAGGCAUGAACUCGGUGGAGAACCAGCCACGGGAAAAGGAAGAAGCAGCAGCAGCGGGCACAGCAGCAGAGCCAGCUGGUGCAGCGCCAGCAGCAGCAACAGCAGCAACAGCAGCAGCAGCAACAGCAGCGGGGGGAGAAUUGGAAUACCGUCGCGUGUGGCCUAACGGCGAGCCUCCUGGCUACGCCUUUCACCUCCUGACGGCCUACGCGCUGCACUACAAGCAGCUAACUGGCGGCAAGAUAAGCUGGCCAGUCUCAGAUGUCCGCUCCCUCCACCCUUCGCUGCUGCGCCUAAUUGAGUCAAAGGCGAAGCGCAGAGGAGACCACGCGUCGACGCACGGCCUCUGGGUCACUAAGGGAGGCACAGUACCGCCAUCCAAGUCCCGGGGAGCAGGCAGCAUGAAGAAGCAGCCCGCAGCCCCUGGCGAGGCUGCAGCAGUUCCCCAACAGCAGCAGCAGCAGCAGCAGCAGCACUACACGCCUGACGGCGUGGCUACUGAUGCUGCGAACGCGGCGGCGCAGCAGCAGCAGCAGCAGCACCACGGGGGGCUUCUGCAGAAGCGAGCUGCUGCGCGGCAAGUGUCUCCAGGGAUUUCAUCUGCUGGCCACGGAAAGAGAGUCAAGCUGGCAGAUGCUGCUGCUGCAGACCUCGCUGGGGAGCAGCAGCAACAGCAGCAGCAGCAGCUGCUGCUGCAGCAGCAAAUGCAGGACGAAGUGUCGGUGGCGGAGUGCAGCGUGUCGUCGUUCAUGCGUGACGAGUCGCAGCUUUCGGCGCAGCAGCAGCAGCAGCAGCAGCAGAACGCGGCGGCAGCAGCGGCGGCGGCGGGAGCCGCAGCAGCAGCAGCAGCAGCAGCAGCAGGAAGCAGCUUCGCGUCGCUGGGCCGCAGGGCGAAGCAAAGCCACAACUACCCUUGUCGAAAUAUAACUCCCAGAAUCGGAGAUGGGAGAAGAGUCCGUUGCUUCUCUUCAAAAGAAAUGCUGCGGGCUUCUGGAAUCCCGCUGCCAACCUUUCGGGAGGGUUUGCUGCUGCUGCUGCGGGUUUGCUGCUCCGGCGGCUUCCUCACGGGCGAAACCAUUUUGCUGCAGGCGCUGCUGGUUGCGCAGCUGCUGCUCAGCUGGUGGCUGCGGCAGCAAUAUCCUUUCCUGCAACAGGAGGAGGAGCUGAUGCGGCAGCAGCGCAGGGCUGCGGAGGAGGAAGCAGCAGCAGCAGCUGCUGCUGCUGCUGCGGGCGACCCCCAGAAGCAGCAGCAGCUGCUGCAGCAGGCGCGCCAGCUGUUCGUGCCCUCCGCACAAGGCACUCUUGCCUUCCCGCUGCGCCGCCGCAUGCAAAUCUGCUGCAGCAGCAAAGCUGCUACUUACCAAAAUCCCUACAGAUGCAUUGCUGCAACAGGUUUGUGUUCCAAAGAGGGUGUCAUGAGGGUGCUGGAGAAGCAAAAGGAGCUGCAGCAGCAGCAAGAGCAGCAGGAGCAGCAGCAGCGCGAUAUAAAGGCCCGGCUCCUGAAGUGGCUGCAAGCGCCUACGGACACUGGCGCCCACGAGGAUGCGCAGCCGCAGCAACCAGCAGCAGCAGCAGCUGCUGCUGCGGCUGCUGCUGCUACGACCGAGGGGUUCUUCGAAACCGAAGCAGAAGUUGAAGAGGCCCUGCAGGAACUCUUUGACCCCCAGCUGGCCCGGCAGCUGCUGGUGCGGAAAGAGCUGCAGCAGCCGCGCCGCAGCAGCACAGAAGAGCAGGAGCAGAAGCCCCAGCAGCAGCAGCAGCAGCCACAGCAGCAGCAACACGCCCAGAAGCAGCAGCAGCGGCUACAGGACCCGCCCCAGCAGCCGCAGCAGGACGUGCCGCAGCCCGCGCUACAGCAACAACAGCCACAGGAGCCUCAGCUGCAGCAGCAACUCGAACAGCCGCAGCAGCAGCAGCGGCUGCAGCCGCCCCAGCAGCUGCAGCAGCCGCAGCAGCAGGAGCUCGCCACAGAGCAUAUGUCUCUCUCGGGCGACGCCACGCCUCCAGCAGCAGCAGCAGACGGCGCAGCGGCUGCUGCGCUGGAGGUGGAAGGGACCAACGAGAACACAGCCCAGCAGCAGCAGCAGCAGCAGCAGCAGCAACAGCAGCAGCGAAUGCGGAAGCCCCCCAUUGGGCUGUGCGGCGCAGAGACUGCCUUUUGGCAAGGGACCCCGUGGGAUGUGGGCCUUGAGGACUGGGAAGUGCCUGGCUCGGCCUUUGGCUUUGCAGAGGAGCGGCAGCAGCAGCAGCAGCAGCAGCAGGAUGGCUGCAACCUCGAGUGCAUGGAUGUGGAUGCUGCAGCGAGCAGCCAAAUCUCGCCUGAAGAAGAAGAAGAUGAAGUGCAGCGGCUGCUGCAGCUGCUGCAGACUAUGGCUGGUCCCGUGCUGCGGGACGACGCAGCAGGCAGCAGCAUGCGUUGUGUGCAGCACAUCUCUCGCCUGUCUAUGGAGAGCAGCAGCAGCAGCAGCAGCAGCAGCAGCGGGGAGGCCUCAGGCCCAACGGUGUCUGCAGUGACAGUAUGGCUGUACCGGCGGUCGCUGCUGGACUUUGACUUUUACGAGAACGAGGACGUAAUGCAACAGCAGCAGCAGCAGCAGCAGCAGCAGGAGCUGCUGCUGCCGGAGCAGCGCAGCAGAAGACUGCCUCCCGACGAAGUGCUGCUGCUGGAGAAGUCCCUCAGGGCCCCGCUGCCGCAGGCUUCGCUGCUGUCGCUGCUGCGGCUGCUGGAAGUCCUCGAUGGCCUCCCGCUGCAGCUGCCGCUCAAAGGCCGUGUUGCUGCGCUGCUGCUGCACGCCGUGGACUGGGCAGUGCGGGCGAGAGAGGCCAUAUACUUCCUCCCGCGGGUGCGAAGAUGGCUAUCACCGCCCGUGGACCCGCCUGGAAGCAGCAACAGAUGCACCUGUUUUGGUAUCUAG